AUGGUUCACCUGGUCAGACUAUUCUUCUUUAUAGCUGUGGCUCUACCAUAUGCUAGCACUGCGCCUACUAUUUCCACUCGACAUCUUCAGCAGGGUGAUUGUAGGCCACCUCUUUACCCCGACAUUGCAGACAAUAGUCAUGCUACACGAGCCCUGGUUAGGUUCCUACGUGGUUUCUUCGAAGCAAAGUCCGCCCAUGAUGCAGAUGCCUGGCUGAGCUACUUUGACGUGCCAAGCAUUACCUACAUUGAUUCUACUGUGGGUUUCCAAUUUGGACCCGCUAACUUUGAUAAAAACAUACGGGCUAUGUUGGAAUCAUGGCCCUCUGAGGCAAAAUCGUACCCGCUGCGCGUUAUUGGUGACAUGAAUAGCGCAGUAGUCUUUGUUGAGGACACGCCGGAGAUGUUCAGUACUGAACUUAGAGGAGCCGCCUCGCUAACCUUUCAAGGUGGAAAGAUUGUUCGCCAGGUAGACUACUGGGACGGCCGACGAAAUCCUUUUAUAGCUCAUCGGGUUGCCGAGAGCCAGUUUCCUACAGAUUUUGGUGAAUCUGCCUGGCAGGGACGAUGUAAUCCUCUGAUACAGAAGGUGGCUGAGUCCCUGAAUACGGCGUUAGCAAAGGGCAAUGGCACGGCGGCAGCAACGCUCUUUACAAGGGACGCCAUUUUCGAGGAUGGGGCCGCGCGGACUAAGAUUGAGGGCAAGGAAUCAAUUCAACGGUAUCUCUCUCGAGCUAUAUCUACCCUCCCCUAUGGUCCAAAUACAAUCAUUAGGCAUGUCGUGGGCAAUGAGAAAGGUGGUGGUUACGAGUGGAUUGGCGGCCCAGGCGCUAUUGCUCAUCAUGGUCUCCUGGUUAUCGAACUCGACAACGACCAAUUGAUUACUCGAGUGACUGCCGUCUGGGAUGCUUCGCGGGCCAGCGAUACUACAAUGACGACGCUUGCUAGCUUUGCAAUCGAGCUAUAA